ACAUCUUGUUAAAAAAAAAAUCGUAGAUUAGAAAAAAAUUGUCGCGGUUAGUUACGACCGUUCUUAGACUUACAUUGCAUUUUGUGCAAAUUUUUUUCCGCGUCCACACUCUGUUUUUGUUGUUACAUUACGUGCGUAGCAAAUUAUAUGUGAUUAUUGUACAAACUGAUUAAAUUGUACUGAAUGUAUAUCGUUAGUUUUAACGGGUAUUGUAAUUUUUAGAAGAAAUCUGUUACCUACAUAAAUACAGAAUUAUGGCGGAUCCUCAGCCCAACCAAAUGAUGUCGUGUCCAUACAACAUGGCGCACCAAGUGGAGCACUACAGAAUGCAUAUCCACCUGCAAAAGUGCAGGAAGCAAUACCCAGGUUGCAAGAAAGUGACGUGUCCUUUUGACGCCACUCACAUUGUCAACGAUGUUGAACUAGAUUACCAUGUGUCAUGCUGCCGUAAACGGUACAUGCUGGAUUCUCAAAUAUACGUGGUGGACGAUGAUUACCGGCCCACUGUGGAGGUCCAACCACCUCCCGCCAUCAUACCAAGUGAAGAGAACUGGGAUGAUGAGGCGACCACAUCGUACAAACCGGACCUAUCCAAGAAAGGAGCUCACAUCAUUACCAAAAUAAAGGGCGCCACGCCCUCCGAGAGGCGGAGGGCGCGUAUGGAAGGUAUCAAAAACUAUAAGCCGCCUGAGAAUUAGUCAGAUAAGUUAGUUAGUUAGUUAGGUAGACUAAACCGACCUCUAUUACCUAUCAAAUUAAAUUUACAAUAUUUGUUUGAUUUUGCAAUUCAUAUAGAGUGUAAACUUAUAGUUUAGAAGUUACAUGGUUAUAUUACUAUGGUAAUUUAAAAAAAACAAUGAAAAAAUGACAGGGCUUAUUAACUUUUAUGGUAAAUCUAAAAUACAAAACAAGAUGCCUGGUUAUACAGGAAAUAACAUCUGUGAUUGAAACAAACUGUAUAUUGUGACCUACUCUGUGUAUAUAACCAAAUACAUUUGAGGCGUGAAGUAUGUAUAAGAAUCCAAAGGCAUGAUAAAUUGAAGGAAUUUUUCUCUUAAAAAGGGAUAUUAUAGUUUUUUUAGGUUCGGCAACACACUGGUGACACCCCUAGUGUUGCAGGCGUCCAUAGGCUACAGUGACCGUUUACCAUCAGACGGGCUGUAUGCAUGUUGCCACCUUCAUGAUAUAAAUACAAAAUUGAAUUGUUAUUUUUAAAUUACCAUUGGAAUAUGUAUAAUUUAUUUAUUUCUUAAUUAAAUUAAAUGGUUUGACUUCAAAUUUGAUAUUUAAUACAGAGGUCAGUUUUACGUUAAAAGUUUUUAUCGUCAACGAGACGAUAUAUAUAUAUAUAUAUAUAUAUAUAU